AUGGAGGAGGUGAUGGAGGAGGUGAUGGAGGAGGAGGUGAUAGAGGAGGUGAUGGAGGAGGAGGAGGUGAUAGAGGAGGUGAUGGAGGAGGUGAUGGAGGAGGUGAUGGAGGAGGAGGUGAUAGAGGAGGUGAUGGAGGAGGAGGAGGUGAUAGAGGAGGUGAUGGAGGAGGUGAUGGAGGAGGUGAUGGAGGAGGAGGUGAUAGAGGAGGUGAUGGAGGAGGAGGAGGUGAUAGAGGAGGUGAUGGAGGAGGAGGAGGUGAUAGAGGAGGUGAUGGAGGAGGAGGAGGUGAUAGAGGUGAUGGAGGAGGAGGUGAUAGAGGAGGUGAUGGAGGAGGAGGAGGUGAUAGAGGAGGUGAUGGAGGAGGAGGAGGUGAUAGAGGUGAUGGAGGAGGAGGUGAUAGAGGUGAUGGAGGAGGAGGUGAUAGAGGAGGUGAUGGAGGAGGAGGUGAUAGAGGAGGUGAUGGAGGAGGUGAUGGAGGAGGAGGUGAUAGAGGAGGUGAUGGAGGAGGAGGUGAUAGAGGAGGUGAAGGAGGAGGUGAUGGAGGAGGAGGUGAUAGAGGAGGUGAUGGAGGAGGAGGUGAUGGAGGAGGUGAUGGAGGAGGAGGUGAUAGAGGAGGUGAUGGAGGAGGAGGUGAUAGAGGAGGUGAUGAGGACAGUGUAA